AUGGACAACCUCAUGGUUUUUUCCAUUCUCUGGGGUGCCAAACAAGGUGAUCCUUUGUCACCUACUUUGUUCAUAUUGGUUGCUGAGGUGUUAUCAAGGGGAUUGAAUGCACUACAUGAGAACCUGUGGUUUACUGGCUUUGGCUUGCCCAAAUGGAGUCCAAAAUCAACCACUUAUCAUAUGCAGAUGACAUCAUCAUCUUCUCAUCCUCUUCUGAUUAACAAGUCCAAAAGCUCUAUAUACUUGCAUGACAGGGUGGAUAAUGAGGUGUUCCAAAAGGUGGAGAGGAUUACUGGUAUUGCAAGGAAGAACUUUCCUUUAAUGUACUUAGGUUGUCCCAAUUUUUAUGCCAGACCACAAAUGUCAUUUUACUCAGAGUUGAUUUCCAAGGUUAGAAACAGGCUUCAAGGAUGGAAAGGAAAAUUAUUAUCAUUUGGUGGAAGAGCCAUUUUACUGAAACAUGUUUUACAAGCAAUGCCAAUGCACUUGCUUUCAAGCAAUACCAUUGGUGAGAGGGGUACACAUUGGACAAAGUGGUAUGUAGUAUGCUUGCCUCAAGAUGAAGGUGGACUAGGAUUCAUAUCCCUUAGUGACAUGUCAAUGGCAUUGUGUGCUAAGUUGUGGUGGAACUUCAGAACUAAACCUUCUUUGUGGAGUGCAUUCAUGAGCAACAAAUACUUGAAGAAAAAUAAUCCUAUCCUGUCAGGUUUAGGCCCUUUAUACUUUCAAACUCCAUCAGAUUUUUAUUGCAAUGAGGAGAUUAAUAAUGUAUCUGAUGUAGUGACUCAAGGAAGAUGGAAUGUUCCAGCCAUUAGGAAUAAUCUUCCUGAGGAACUAGCUGAGUACAUUCUCAAUGAA